AUGGGGUAUGCUAUUGCUGGAUAUCCUACUAGGAAACGUAGAGGUCACAGACACAAGGUUAAACUACUGAAGCAUGGCAAGGAGGAUAAGCUCACUAAUAAAAGAAGGAAACGUGAUGACGGAAAAGUGUCUAUCGGUAUGAGUGAAUUGCCCGUUGAGAUAAUACAGAGAAUUUUUAUCAUGUCUGGGAAUGCUGCUAUGUACGAAUUGAACAAAUUCUACCAUACUAUAUUGGUUCCCAGUACUUCUUUGCUUUCCAGUAUGGUAUGGGAGAACUACGUUUGGGAUCCUUUGCAGUACGGUAUUGAGUUGAAUGAAGAAGACGAUGAUGACAACCGUCAUGAUGGUCAGAAAGUUUUGUUGAUGUUGGAAACAGUCUUCAAUGUGAAUGCGUUUUGGAAUUAUCUAACAGCUAAUAUGGAGAUUUUGGAUUCUAUUUCGAGGUUUAUACCGACGGCAGUUUACCAGGAUUUUAUGAGUGAGGGUGACAGUGGUAAAGUUGUUCAAUGGUGGGAACAAGAUGGCCUAAUGGAUUUCCCACAAGUUUUCUACGCAAAUUUUGAGCUCUUUGUCUACAAUAGAAAUUUCAUCAGAUCUCUUUCGAGAUUUUUCAUCUUAAAGGACCCAUAUAUUCAUCUUAACGAGUUAAUUCAUUGGUUUUAUGAUAGAAACAAUAAUGAUGAUGAUGAUGACGAUGACGAACUUUUUUUCGAAACGGUUGGAUUGGUACUAGAAAUUGCUAAAGUGGAAGAUGGGGGGAUUUAUUCGUCCGAACCGUUAGAAUCACUUCUGGAUGUUUUAUUCGUACAGAAUAAAUCUAAUAAACCAAUACAAACUUUUACCAAAUUCUUAAAUCUUUUCUAUUCAAGAGAGAACGCACAGGAGCAUUUAUCAGAUCCUUCAUUAUGGCGACUGUUAAGAUCCACUUCAAAUAUGACCGUUAUCGACAUUGUAGUGAACCAUGGUGGACAACCGCAUUAUGGAGCUUUUUUCUGA